GUUCAGAACUCAUUCGCAGGAACUAUUAAGCAUUAUCCGACAUUUUAAUGUUGACACAAUUAUUGUUAAGUUAAGCUAAAAUCUUUUUGAAGCGGUGAAUCGUGGAAGACAUGACCAUUGAUAAAAUGCCCAAUAAAAUGGACGACGCUGUCAAAACGCCAAAGAAAGGCGCCGACCACAUACUCGAUCAUCUCCUGGACGACAUUAUCCACGACGCGAAGUUGCUCAAACUGAAAAACCACGAGCUGCGUCAGUUGUUACGCCAAACGGAUGCACUAUCACUGCUCCGAGCGGAGUUAUCAGUUGCUUCCUUUUUCAACAAACGGAAACGGCGUCGAAACGAGUGGCUACCGGAUAAGGAAUUCGUGACGAGGAAUUCACUGUUGACGGAUUUGUUCGAGGUGAAGCACAUCAAGACGAUCUACUACAUCUUUGUAACCACCCUGAUCGUACUGCUUCUGAACACCGUUGUGUAUGACUUUAUCGACCGAGGGGUUAUAAACUUUGGCUUUCGACCAAUCGUUAUUGGAUUUGGAAAGUUCCAUUUGAGCCUAGCAUUGUGGGCUUGCAUGCAGUUGGUCGUACUGUGUGUCUAUCCGGCAUUCAAGCUAUGGUCUAGAGUUCGUCAUAUUUUUGCAGACAAUUAUAUCCGUAAGGUGUGUGACCUGAGUGCCCUCAUCGGAGUUAUAUUGUUCGAGUGUUCAUUCAUCUGCUUGGUUAUCAAGGCGGUUCUACAGUUAGAUCUUCCCCCGGCGUCGUCCCUAGCUGCACUUCUAGAGAUGACUCGUUUCGUCAUGAAGGUGUAUUCAUUUAUACGGACCAAUGUUCCACGUGUUCUCGACUCAACCGAGAACGUUACUCAAAGGAACAAACGUACACAAACUAUAUCAUCGUUCGCCAAAUAUCUAUACUUUCUGUUUGCCCCAACACUCAUUUACAGGGACGAAUAUCCCCGAACACAGCGCAUACGCUGGUCGGUAGUACUCCGGCACGCUCUGGAAGUGAUUGGAGUGAUCUGCUAUGUCAGUUUCAUCUUUGAGCGAUUCCUUACACCGCUGUUUGAUCGAUUCGGAGAUACUGAGAUCAGUUUAGCAAAGUUUGUACUAAUUUUGUUCGAAAGUGUCAUGCCUGCCACAUUAAUAUUUUUGUGCGGAUUUUUCCUCUUGUUGCAUUCUUGGCUAAACGGAAGCUCCGAAUUACUAUGCUUUGCAGACCGAAUGUUCUAUGGAGACUGGUGGAAUGCUUCAUCGUUUGUGGAAUUUUUCCGUUUAUGGAAUGUGGCGGUUAGCGAUUGGCUUUACGCUUUUCUCUACAAGGAGUCGAUUCAACUUUUGUUCAAGAAUCACCGGUCGCUGGCAACGAUUCUGGUGUUUACCGUAUCGGCGGUAUUUCAUGAGGUGAUUAUGGCGUUCUCUUUCCGAUUUUUCUAUCCGGUGAUGUUCGUGGGGUAUGAGUUCAUGGGACUGUCGAUGCUGUUUCUGACGAGGAAUAUAAACAAGGCCGCCGGAAGUAUUCUUGUGUGGUUUUUGCUGUCUGUUGGAAACGGUAUCCAGAUGAGUUUGUACAAUAUGGAGUACUAUGCCCGGAAAAAUUGCCCGAAGAGCAGUGAUUCGUUGGUUGACUAUUUUAUUCCGGUGUCGUGGUCGUGUAAUGGGAUUACACACAAUUCGAACUGGACGUUCAGAGCCGUGGAAUAUUGAAUGUACGUAACAUUUUUGAAGAAUAUUCCUCUAAUCUUAGUGUUUUAAUAAUGAAAAAUACAAAUUUCAAAAUUAUUUACAUGGUGGUUUUGAAAAAGAGCAGUACGUGGUGCAGGAAGCUACAAGCGAAACAUGCCUAGGAAGCAGUGUAACAAUCGCCCUUUCGUUGUGGUAAUUCGAAGGCACAUUAUCAUUGCCAUAGACUUGUUGUUGCUUUUCAAAUAACUAAAUUCGUCCCUGCACUAUACGAUCAAGAUCAAUUUAAAUUUUCAAUUUCCGUAAAAGAGGGCAUGGAAUCUGAACUAUGCUCAAAGGGGACCUUAAAUCAGGCUACUGACAUCCUAUUGUUUAGCGCAUCGCCAGAUCGUAGCCAGCAUGUCCGGGGCACACAUAUUUCAUAUCGCCUUUAAUCGUUGAAUGUCCUAUGCACCUUGUACAUAGGACAUAUAGGGGAACUGUUCCCAUUUCCAUCUUAUCGCAAAGCAAAGAAAUACAGCACCAAUCUCGCAGUUUUUUUUCGCUAACAUGCUCACUGUCGAAACUCACGUGCUCACUGCUAAAAAAAUCACAAAAAUAAAAAGAAAAAAAUAGGAGCUAUGAGAUGAAGUGGCGAACAGCUCCCACAAAAAUAAAAGGCAAAUAAAAUUGGGAGCUAUGAGAUGAAGUGGCGAACAGUUACCCUACAUGAUUAAAACUGCAUUCAGAAAGUGGCGAGAAGAAAUACGAUGCGCGGUCAUAUUGUUAAAAUUCUGGACAACAACAUUAAAAAUAUGGUGUUUACUAAAAAUUUGAUUGCUACAAGAAAACGUGGAGCAUAGCGGGAAAGGGGCCGAUUAGAUGCUAACUACAAAGUCAAAAUCGAAGAUGGAGUGAAGUAGGAGAAGAACAAGUACUGUGAUAAAGAAGUGUUGUACUAGAUUAAUUAUAUUGAAAAAUAUCAGUUUAUGAAAGCUGUUUCAUAAUUGUAUUUAAACGAAGUAACUAUUAGUGUGUUCCAAUUAACCUCAUUUGAGAAAAGGAAAAUAUCAAAAAUAGAUCAUAUCGAAUAAAAUUCAGACGAAGUCGUUGUGGAAACGGGUUAAAAAGCCAAACGGCUUAAUUUUUUUGUUUUUUUUUUUGUUUGUAUUUUUACCUCUUAUGUACAACAAAGUUGUACCGAAAGCCUAUUAUUUAUGUACAUUAGUUUCGUGUAAAUUUCAACAGUUUUUCCUAUCUAUGUACCCACUAAACCCUCCUUGGGCUCCAAACCCUAUAAUUUUCCGGGGAACUGCCUUUCAGUAUUACUUCUGGGACAGGCAGUACUUAACGCACUACUUCCAAAACUACACGCUUUACGGCGCCUCGCUUCGAUGUUCUAAUUAACUUCCGAACCUUUUGGCUAGUUUGUGCACUUUUGAACAUUGAGGGUCCCUUGCCUCUGCUAGUACACGCCAAAGCCUUUAGCUGAGCCUUGAUCUAAAAUCUUUUCCUGAUGCCAUUCAGCACUACAUCUUUUUUUGGGCCAUUUCGCUCUCAACGUGCUCGCAAUCUAGUCAGAUAGUCCCGGUGGCGGAUCUACUCUACUUCGACAGGGAGUCUCCCGGCAGCGUAUGCCCCCAGAUAUCGAUGACCCGCAUCCGUGGAAGACUAUUACGUUAUCAACACUAUUCUUUCACCUGGUCAGCAAUUUAUGUAUAGAUCAGCUCAAGUCCUAAGCACU